AUGAUUUUUACGGGCAAUACUUUCGUGAGAACUUUAAUAUUAGUUUUGGUGCUGCACAGACACUUGCAAAAAUGUAAUAUUUUAAACAAUAACAUACAGAGUCCUGCUUCAGAAGAAGAAAAGAAAUCAUUCGAAUUACAAAAGAAUGUACAUCUUCGAAAAUCUGAAGUGUUCUACAAAGAGCUGAGAGAGAAGUCAAAAGAAGCACAAGAAAAUGAUGAAAUUGAAGUUUUGUGCUUCGAUUUCCAACAAAACAUGCCCCUCUUGAAAGUACCUUCAGGAGAUGCCUUUUAUUUGAGGCAGUAUGGCUCAGAAAACGACUUUCAUGCAAUACAUGAAGUGAAUUAUAAUAACAAAAGUGUUAUUGAAAAUGAAAUAGAAACACAUAAUACUACUGCCACAUGUAGCUCAAAAAAUGAUUUUGAUACAAUAAAUAAACCAGGCAGUAGUAAACCUACUGAAAGACCCGAAUCCAAUUUCAGUGAUGCACCUUAUGAAGGAUACGGCCUGGUCAACUAUUCAGAAAAUUCUGAUUCUGACAAUGAAUCUGAAAAGUUAGGGCCAGUAAAACGAAAAAGAAGAAGGGUAGAGGUUGUAAAAUUAGAUGUUCUUUUAAAUAGUACCAACUCAACGUUACAGAGACAAAAAAAAAAUGAAUCUGCACCAAGAAGAAAUUGUUUUGUUAUAUAUAAUUUAAGAAAAAGGAUAUUAAGAUACUACAAAAAUAUGUAUUUAUAA